AUGAUCGUCAACUGCUUCCUGCCAAGGUACCGUGGUCAUUCGAUUAUUCGUAAACUUGACUUGUUUAUCCUUGUGCAAGCUCAAAGAGGUGUUCCUGUUAACCUUGCAUCUCUCAUGUGCCUGAACAUGGUUGAGGCUGCUCCUAGAGGGGAAAACUGGUACACUGCCUUUCCAUAUGCCACCUUCGUGACCACCUUUCCCGAAAGGGUUGGGAUGGAUAUGGGGGUUUAUGUUAAGGAGGGCCAGUGCGUUUAUUUGCCGGUGUACCAUAUAGCCGAAUUGACCAAUACUUUUAUUGACCUUCGCCAUACAGAGCAUCAAGAGACCCCUGAGGCCUCCUCAAGCAAACGUCCUCGACUUACAUGA